CAGGAGCAGCAUUCAGUAGUAGUGUCGUUCUUUCGUUCUUCUCGUAUCGAGGAAAUAUUUUUUCCGAGGAUCGUAUCGUGCAGUUUUUUCUUCGCAAACGUCACAAUUGGAUCCGUCAAUUUUCCUAUGGAGUUGAGAAAAGCGCAUUCGCUGGAAGGCAACUCGAGCUGGUUGGCGGAACGCGGGGUUAACUGGAUUUCAUAGAUCCCACGAAGAUUUUCAUCGUGACAAAGGAGGAGCAGUGCGUCGGAGAAAAGUUUCGCGCAUCAACUUGACGCGACGUUGAUGUGUGAUACGGAACGAGGCAUCAGUGAGAAACAAUACCGAAGAGGAAAACAAGAAGCAGCGUAGUGUGCGUGCGCGCGCAGAAUUGUGGCAAAUACACACAUGCAUAGUUGAGACAAGGUGCAUUUGGCCAUUAGAUCGAAUGGGUGAAAGAGCGAGACGUAGAUACGCGGGCGCUCCUAUGUGUGUGUGUGUUGUCUUUUGGGAUCCGCGCGCGCUACUUUUUUAGGACAGUGAGCUAGAAGAAAAAUAAGAAUCGUUUUAACUGGGGGAAGGAGGGUGUACAUUUAAUAAUAAAAAUAAGAAACCAUGGAUUCAGAAGAAGAGACACUCUAUGAUGAUGUAGAUUCCGGUAAUGAAUCUAGCGGCGAUGAUGUCGAUUUUGCCAUGGAAAUUGAGUCAGGAAAUCCUCGUGAAAGAGCAAAUGAAGUUGAUGAGUAUCCAUUUGAAGUACUCUCCACCGAAGAAAUUGUACAACAUAUGGUAGAUUCUAUAAAAGAAGUAAAUACCGUAGUAGAAAUUCCAGCUACAACAACAAGAAUAUUAUUAAACCAUUUUAAAUGGGAUAAAGAAAAAUUAAUGGAAAGAUUUUAUGAUGGUGAUCAAGAAAAAUUGUUUGCAGAAGCUCAUGUAAUUAAUCCAUUUAGAAAAGGUCAAGUUAUUAGUAGAAAUCGCUCUUCACAAAAUUUAAUGCCAAGACACACUUCGAAUGGAACGGAAGAAUGUGGAGUUUGUUUUAUGAUUUUACCAUCAUCUAUGAUGACCGGUUUAGAGUGUGGUCAUCGUUUUUGUACAAGUUGUUGGGGUGAAUAUCUUACAACAAAAAUUAUGGAGGAAGGAGUGGGCCAGACAAUAGCUUGCGCCGCUCAUGCCUGCAACAUUUUGGUGGACGAUGCUAGUGUUAUGCGUCUUGUAAAAGAUUCAAAAGUCAAAUUAAAAUAUCAACAUCUUAUUACGAACAGUUUUGUUGAAUGUAAUAGGCUUCUAAGGUGGUGUCCAUCUCCAGACUGUAAUAAUGCUAUUAAAGUUCAAUACGUGGAAUCGAAACCCGUUACCUGCAAGUGCAAUCAUACCUUCUGUUUUCAUUGUGGUGAGAAUUGGCACGAUCCAGUCAAGUGUCACCUACUUCGCAGAUGGAUAAAAAAGUGCGAUGACGACUCGGAAACGUCGAACUGGAUCGCUGCGAAUACAAAGGAAUGUCCAAAAUGCAACGUAACGAUCGAGAAAGACGGCGGUUGUAAUCACAUGGUCUGCAAAAAUCAGAAUUGUAAGACUGAGUUCUGUUGGGUUUGCCUCGGUCAGUGGGAACCACACGGCUCGAGCUGGUAUAAUUGUAAUAGAUACGAUGAGGAGGACGCAAAAGUGGCAAGGGAUGCUCAAGAGAAGUCGAGGUCUGCCCUCCAGAGAUACUUGUUUUAUUGUAACAGAUACAUGAAUCAUAUGCAGUCCCUUAAAUUUGAGAGUAAAUUGUAUGCGAGUGUGAAGGAGAAAAUGGAAGAAAUGCAGCAACACAAUAUGUCUUGGAUCGAGGUGCAGUUUCUGAAAAAAGCUGUAGAUAUAUUAUGCUCUUGCAGACAGACCCUCAUGUAUACCUACGUGUUUGCUUAUUAUCUUCGAAAAAAUAAUCAGUCUGUGAUCUUUGAAGAUAAUCAAAAGGAUUUGGAGAGUGCUACGGAAUGUCUUUCAGAGUAUCUUGAAAGGGACAUAACUAGUGAAAAUUUGGCUGAUAUUAAACAAAAAGUUCAAGACAAGUAUAGAUAUUGUGACAGUCGAAGGAAAGUGCUCUUAGAACAUGUACACGAAGGUUAUGAAAAGGAAUGGUGGGAUUAUAUGGAUUAAGGUAUUGGAAGUUGUUUUCAUGCGAUCUCUCAUUGAAUAUGAGAAAAAAAGAACUUCCGAACUUUACUCCAGCUGUGAUAAACCAUAAAAGCUGAGAAGAGACAUUAAAGAAUUAUGGAUCAUUAAACUGUAUAAGAUAUUAUAUACAUUGUAACAUAACACCUAUGUUGAUGGAUAUAAUAUGGUUACAACCAUUGAUCUUAUUAAAGAGAAAUUUAAAUUAAAAUUCGCCAAUAGGCUAAAUACAAGAUUAUAAUUGUGUGGUUUUAAAGAAAAUGAAAAGACUCGAGUCUUUAUUUCUAUUGUUAUUAUCACCCUAACGUUUUUUCUCAAAUUAAGUGGUGAUGAAUCUUAUGAUUUAUUCAUUUAUAUUGGCCACAGCUAUGAACAGUAUAAAUUCAAGAUAAUACUACCAAUUUCAUAAUAAAAAUACAAUCGAUCAUUUAUUCAUUAUUCAAUCCAUAGUUAUUAGCCUGAUCUGCACAGCAUUUUGUCAAACGAGUCAUUGUAAAUUGAAGGUUAUAAAACGGAAAAAAAAAAUUUUAAAAAAGGUGCUUUAAAUAUAAGUGAUUGUGUGAUCGAGAUGUCAGGAAGAACCGUGCAGUUUUUACUUUCAUAAUUCAUUGUUUUAAACUGCUUUCUUCUAUCGUUGGUCAGAGUGCAUACAAAUUCAUCUAUUUGGUGUAUAUAUUUGUGCAACAAAUGAUAAAAUGGAAGGAAAUUGUUAUUCAUGCAACAUCAAACUCGAAAGGCUAUUUACUAAGAUAAAAUAAUACAGAGUGGCUGAGUAACUUAAUGAACAUGAUCCGUGUCUCUCUUGAUAUUGGACAAGAUUAAGCCUACGUUUCAACUAGGAAACUUCAAACUGAAUUAUUCACUUCAGAAGAUUUACAAGAAUCGAUAGUAAACUGUCAGCAAUAUGCUUUUAAAACGUUCAUUGUAAAUUAUUAUUUUUAUAAAUAAUUUAACUGAGAUUCUUACAGAUAUGGGCCUAUUCAGUUACUAUGACUUUUCAUUAUGCUAUUUAUUUACAUAUUUACAUUUUUA